AUGCUUACGGUAGAGAGAUCCAUGUUGAAAUCCUUUGGUAGUAGUAGUCUCAAGAACUUCAAGGUGCAUACCAAAGGUAUUAUGUCCGUUCAUGCCAAUUUCAUCAAAACCUCUCUCAUUCUCGAUCCCUCCAUCCAAACCGACCUCCUCCUGUUUUACUUAAAGUCUGACUUUCUUGUCCAUGCCCGUAUCAUGUUCGACGAAAUGCACCAUAGAAAUCCAAUCGUCGAAUCGGCUAUGAUCAGCGCACUUUCUAAAGUGGGUCGCACCUCAGAUGCUCGCCGGCUCUUCGAAAGCAUCAAAGACCCCGAUGUAGCUUGCUGGAAUGCCAUGAUUUCCGGGUACGCCCGUAACAGUUAUGACCCGGAAGGACUAAAACUUUUUGCGGAAUUUCAAAUUUCUGCCACCGACCCAAAUGAGUUUACGUUGUCGAACAUAUUUUCGUUCUGUAGAAAUGUCAAUGCGUUGGAAGAAGGCAAGCAAAUUCAUGCUUUUGUAAUUAAAAAGAGGUUAGCUACUGAUGUUGCAGCCAGCAAUUCUCUGAUAAAUUUGUAUUUCAAAUGCGGGUGUGUCGAUGAUGCGGAACAAGUUCUUGCUCGUAUGCCAGAGAAAGAUGUGUACACAUGGACAGCCAUGGUUUCUGGUUACGCUCAGAAUGGUAGAAUUGAAGAAGCCACUGCAUUUUUUGAAGCAAUGCCUUGGAGAAACACAGUGUCUUGGAAUUCGAUUAUCAACGCUCAUCAACAGGAAGGAAAUGACAUUAAGGCACUGGAAUUGUUUGGUAAGAUGGUAAGAGAAGGAGAACUUCCCAACAAAUCGACAUUUGCCACGGUUCUCAAAGGCUGUGCAACCUUGCAAGAUUUGGAUAUGGGUAAGGGAGUUCAUUGUCGAGCGAUGAAAUCAGCAAAGGAAUCUGAUGUUUUCGUGGGAAGCACAUUGGUUGACAUGUAUGCAAAAUGUGGCGACUUAGCAGACGCCCAAUUGGCUUUUGAUGAGAUAACGGGCCAUAGCGUCGUUUCAUGGUCUGUCCUAUUGGCUGGUUAUUUACAAAAUGGAGAACUCGCUAGAGCAGUGGGUAUUUUCAUUCAAAUGCCUGAGAAAAAUGUGGUUUCAUGGAAUGUUAUGAUCGCGGGUCAUGUGCAGAAUGGGCUGCCAGACAACGCAUUUGUUCUUUUCAUUGACAUGAUCAAGGCUGGCGAGAAACCAAACCAUUUCACGCUGUCAAGCCUCCUGAGUGGAUGUUCAUCUCCUCAAUAUACGAAAAAGGGAAAGAAACUUCAUGGGUACACAGUGAAAACAGGUUUUGAGUCAGAUACUUCAAUAGGGAAUUCUUUGAUAACCAUGUAUGGAGAACAGAGAAAAAUCAAAGAUGCUCUUUUGGUCUUCCAGUUCAUGCCUCAGCAUGAUGUUGUCUCAUGGACAGCUGCGGUUGCUGCUCACAUAACAAAUCAGGAAACAGAUGGAGCUCGUCGAAUCUUUGAUAGAAUGCCUUGGAAGAAUCUUAUUACUUGGAAUACAAUGAUCUUUGGAUACCUACAAAAUGGGAAAACCACCACUUUGAAUCCUCAAAAUAGGAUGGAAAAGCUAUCACAUUCUGUCGAGGAUGCAUUAGUGCUCUUCUAUGAUAUGGAGCGUUCUGAGAUAAAACCAGAUCAUUUCACCUACAACUGCGCUCUGAGUGCCUGUGCUAGUAUCGGAGCUCUUCAGCGAGCAAGAUCAAUACAUGCCAAAACCAUAAAUAGAGGUUUUGAAGUGGAUGUAGGAGUGGCGAAUGCACUUAUCACUAUCUAUGGUAAGUGCGGAAAUUUAAGUGAUGCAGAAAAGAUAUUUAAUGGUAUGACCAAACCAGACACGAUAUCAUGGAAUGCCCUUAUAACAGGAUAUGCACAGAACGGGCUAGGAGAAGAGGUUUUGGAACUCUAUGACAGAAUGCAGAAAUCGGGAAUCGACCCCAAUCAUGUAACAUACAUCAGUAUACUUUCAGCUUGUAGUUACAUGGGAUUGGUUGAAAAGGGAAAGGAAUACUUCUAUGGGAUGAGUAGAGACCAUGGCAUUACUCCCACUAAAGACCACUAUGCUUGUAUGGUGGAUCUUCUUGGACGUGCAGGCUGUCUUCAUGAAGCUGAAGAUUUCAUCAUAAACAUGCCUAUCAAACCAGAUUCUGUUGUGUGGGGCGCGUUGCUUGGAGCCUGCAAAAUCCAUGGUGAUCCUGUUGUUGGUAGAAGAGCAGCGGAGGAGAUCUUUUGUGUGGAGCCGGAGAAUUCUGCUGCUUAUAUAAUGCUAUCUAAUAUUUUUGCAGCUGUGGGGAUGUGGGAAGAUGUAGCGAAAGUAAGAACAGCGAUGAAAGAGAAGCGGCUUGUAAAGGAACCCGGGUGCAGCUGGAUUGAGAUCCUAGGCUGCAAGCAUUCGUUCCUGGCCAGAGACAGAUGCCAAUCACAAACGGAUUCUGUUUAUGCUGCACUCUGGAGCCUCUACAGUAACAUGACAGAAGAAGGAUAUGUACAUGAUUCAGGAAUUAUUGCACUCGACUUAGAUGACUAA